UUAAAGUAGCAGAAGAAGAAGAAGCAGCUGUCGCCUGGCUUCCCCUCCUGGUAGCAGCACGAUGGAGGAGUGCGGUGACACAAACAUCACUUUGAGGGAGUUUGGCUGCGAGCAGAGUUUAUUAUCCCGACCUGACGGUUCAUCAUCCUUCAUGCAAGGGGACACGAGCGUGCUGGCUGGAGUGUAUGGACCAGCGGAGGUAAAGGUCAGCAAGGAGAUCUACGACCGGGCAACACUGGAGGUGGUGAUACAGCCCAAAGUGGGACUGUCAAGUGUAAGGGAACGCUUGCAGGAGCAGAGUGUGCGGGAAACAUGCGAGGCGGCUCUGCUCGCGUCGCUUCAUCCUCGCUCUUCCCUCACUCUCGUUCUUCAGCUGCUGCACGAUGACGGCUCGCUGUUGUCCUGCUACCUGAACGCCGCCUGCAUGGCUCUGAUGGACGCAGGGCUCCCUAUGAGCUGCCUGUUCUGCGGGGUGACCUGCGCCGUCAACGCGGAGGGUCAAAUCAUCACAGACCCCAGCGCGGCUCAGGAAAAGGAAAGUCGAGCUUUGAUGACCUUUGCUGUUGAGAGCACAGAGCACAGAGUAAUUAUGUCAUCAACCAGAGGAUCAUUUUCAGUUCAUGAGCUCCAGCAGUGUAUAGCAGUCAGUCAGAAAGCAUCAGAGAAAAUCUUCCAGUUCUACAGAGACUCUGUCAGACGGCGAUACUCCAAAAUCCUCUGAUGGAGAAAACUGGCUUCCUUUUGCCUGUGUUUUUUUUUUUUUUUUUUUCCACCAUCCAAUUUUUUAUUGUAAUAAAAUAUUCAGUAACCAUUUUGGGCUUCCUUUGCUUCAGUCCAGUUGCAGCUCCUGCAGUCUGCUGUGCUGCUCAUGGAGACGGAGAAAUGGAACAGACCGGCAUGGUGGUCUGGUCGUGACGCCUUCAUUAACAACGACAACAGCAAAAACAAAAAAAACUUCCACCUUUGCAUGUGAGCUUCAAGACAUAAAUGCCUUCAGUCGUGUGCAAAUGAAGGGAGGAAAGAUGAAUGUCAAACGAGUGCA